AUGGGGGAAGAACACUUCUGGGUACCUCCACUUUUUUUUGUUUUACUGGUUAUAUAUACUAUCGCAAUGAAGCUAUGGCUGGUUCGUGUCAAUCGCUUAUUUGUUCAGCAAUUGUUGUCGGAGUUUGACGGCGACGGUGUACCGACUGUAACGUUCGUAUUGGCACAUCCGACCGAUGAAACGUAUUUCUUCACCCCUACGUUUGAGGUGCUAACGCGCUCCCCUUACGUAGCACAGCAUGAGCUCAAAAUUCGCCUAUUGGUACUGAGCAAGGGUAAGUACGUCGGCAGGGGAGACGAGCGAACCUUCGAAAUGGAGGCUGUGUGCAACAUGUACAACGUGCUAUGCACGAUCAUGGAUGAACCCUACACACAAGAGGGGCCACAGUUCUGGGACACUGAGCAAAUAGCGACCCAAGUGGAAGAUUUCUUGAAGCAACACGAAUCGCAGGUCGUCAUCACAUUCGACCAGUACGGUGCGGACUCAGAUCCCAACCACAUCAGCACAUUCCAUGCCGUUAACUCGUUGAAGGAGAAAAUGCCCGAUCUGAGGAUCUGGGCGCUUCGGACCUACGGUGUACUGACGACAUACUCCGCGCCGUUUGCCCUUACGCGCGCUACGGUCGCUCGCCCCAGCGCAACCACGUUCACAUUCAGCAGUACAAAUAGGAACUCGAGGUUACACGUCAGCAGCUGGACAUGGAAAACGCCUUUCCACACUUUCUUCAGCUCGUACAGUUACGCCAACUCGUACCUUUGUCUAUGA